AUUACACUCCUUCCUUCUUCUUUUUGAAGGAUUCUUGAUAAAAUCGUGUGAAGAUGAAACAGGCCUUUUGAUAUUAUCAUUAUUAUUAUUUUAAAUGAUGAUGAGAUAAGAAUUGUUCGCAUGGAAUGGUCAUGAAGUUGUUUUCACUGAGGGAAAGUGUUACCGUUCUGCGUAAUUAAGGACAACAAUACAACUUUAACUGUGUUGUUACUAUUUCUGCUGUUACUAUGAACAUGAUAGAAUCUGCACUAUGCUGCUCAGCAGAUGUCGACCUCUGGCGUCAAAACCUCCUUUCGGCAACAACUUUCCUCCCUUUGCAACAUGAUACGGCUGCCACGUAGCUCAAACUUCCUGAAGAGGAGCCAGUGGAGUUUGAGAGCAGCGUCUUAAUUUGGCUAAUCCUCCCGGCUUUAGCCGUGAGUCUAUGUUGUUGUUUUUUGACACAGUAGCAGAUUGAUGUGCAGAAGUCAACGGCGACUGAAGAGGCUCCGGACUGUUGUGAUAUUAACAUGGGACAGAUGGGUGGAGGGAGUGCUGCAUCUGUACGUUCCGUUGCAAACAGGUACAGCGUCAAUAACUUUCUGCCGGACAUCGUCUUUGUGACACGAGACUCUCUGUGGGUGUCGGAACAGGAGAACAGGAGGGCACCACGGCAACUAUCAGUCACUAUUGUGUGUUUUGCUUAUAUUUUAAAGAUGAAGUCCUCGAAGAAACGUUUCAAGUUCUGCACAGUGUGACUGACAUGCACAUAACAGGACACAAGCAAUGGGUUCCUCCAUCCUCCCAUUGGCCAGUGUGGUGUCCACUCUGGGGGGCCUGGUCUUUGGUUAUGAGCUGGGCAUAAUCUCAGGUGCCUUGUUUCAGCUGAAGGCAGAGUUCAGUCUCUCGUGUGUCCAGCAGGAGGCUCUGGUCAGCUCUUUGUUAUUUGGAGCGCUGCUAGCCUCUACCAUUGGUGGCUGGCUGAUUGACCGUCAUGGACGCAGGAACGCCAUCCUCCUCAGCAACAUCCUUAUCCUGACAGGCAGCCUGGUCCUGCUCAUCAGUUCCUACCCUGCGUUAGUGGUUGGGAGGAUAACCGUGGGCUUUGCCAUGUGUAUAUCCUCCAUGUCCUGCUGCAUCUUUGUGUCUGAGAUGGUUAGUCCAGACCGCAGGGGCUUCAUGGUAAUACUGUAUGAAGCUGGGAUUACUGUGGGGAUCCUGGUUGCAUAUGCUGUGAACUACCUCCUUUCUGACUCCAGGAGAGGAUGGAAAUGGAUGUUUGGAUUUGCUAUAUUGCCAACUUUGCUUCAGCUGCUCUCUGUGUGGUUCCUUUCGUCCAGCAUGAAGAAAGAUGUAAGCUACUGCUGUCAGACUGAAAGAGUCCUCAUGAGUCCCGCUGAAACUCAAGAAGUAGAUGACGCAAAACUUACCUCCAGCAAAGACAGCAAGAGGGCUCAGUGUGACUGCAUGUACCUGUUCCAGAGUAAAGACAACAUGAGGACUCGGACUGUCAUUGGUCUCGGACUAGUGCUCUUUCAGCAGUUCACAGGUCAGCCAAAUAUUUUAUUCUACGCCUCCACCAUCUUCAGCUCAGUGGGCUUUCAGAGCACCAACGCAGCACUUCUGGCAUCCACAGGCCUGGGGUUGGUCAAAGUGAUCGCAACUCUGAUCUCGAUGGUGUUUUCAGACAGAGUGGGCAGGAGACCGAUGCUCAUCGGUGGAUGCUCUGUAAUGGCCCUGUGUCUGAUAAUCAUUGGAGCCUUCUGUGGACAUUCACCAAUGAAUGCUGAGAAGUCGUGUAAUUCUGUGAACACAACAGAUCCACCUCAGUUAACUGCUGUAAAUCAGUCAGUCUUUGACUUACCUCUCGAUGAGAGACUCAGGCUUUCCCAUAACAAUACACGUCAUGAAAAUCUGUCAUUUGAAGUUGGACAAAAGCCACUGGAGCCUGCUGUGUCGCCUACGAUCCACAGCUCAGUGAUGAACUGGGUGAUUCUCCUUUGUAUGAUGGCUGUCGUCAGUGCGUACUCCGUUGGAUUUGGACCAAUGACCUGGCUUCUCCUGAGUGAGAUAUUUCCCACUGCUGUCAGAGGAAGGGCGUUCGCAUUCACCAACUGCUUCAACUGGGCUGCCAACCUGCUGGUCACGUUCACUUUCUUGAAUGUUGUCGAUGCGAUCGGUCUGUCGAAGGUGUUUUUUCUCUACGGGAUCACCGCUGUGACAGCUGCUGUAUUUUUUUACUUUAUGCUGCCAGAAACCAAAGGGAAAACUCUGGAGGAGAUAGACGCGGAGCUGCGAUUAACCAGGUUUCACCACAGUGACAGUUGCUGCGGCCGCGUCAUUUUGAGGAGGACGUCUCCACAGUACCAGAGAGUUCACACAACUUAGCAUCUCAGAGUGAAUAUUCCAAAACUGUUAUAAUCACAAGACAUUGGGCCUGCACUUGAGGGUUGGUUGAAACACAUCCGGAAAACACAAAAUAAAGUCAUCCUGUCCACUAUAAUAACAGUAAUCUAAAUCAAGUUUAUGGCUUGAAGUAAAUGUUGCUCUGUGGCUCUUGAUAUGUGUGUGAAAUCUUGAUGAAAUGUGCUGAUAAAGCCUGUUUUUCUUCUGUGGGAUGAUAUGUAUUGAUAAUACCAGCUCACGACUGACAGUUUUGACUAACGUGGGCCUUAUUUUCACACGUUGUUGUAUUUGGUUGGUUUGACCGUCCAGAAAACAUGGAUCAUGUGACAACAGCAUCAGUCUGAAUAUACCUUAUUUACUAUAACACAAAUAUCGUUUUUACUGACAUUUCUGCAACACCUUAUAUUAUUUUAAAUCAAUAAACAUGACAUUUCUGAGAGACAUGUUUGAUAAAUGAAUCACAACUUAAUUGUUUGUAUGUUUUAUUUAAAAAUGUGUGAGGGGACGGCAAAGGGUUUUGUUCGGUGAGCCAUGUGUUGGCUCUGACCCAGACUCAGGGAAUCACUGGUGUAGAUUAUUGUCUCACUUCCCUGUCAACUGUCAAAGGCCCAAUGCUCUUUAACAGGAACCGAUCCCUCCUGUCAUUGGUGUACAAAGACAUUUUAAAAAUGACACCGGCACAUGUUUUAUUUCUGUAUUUAUUUCAGCUUAUGUGCAGAUAUUUAUGGGUCUGCUCAACAAUUUUCGAGGACUGUAUAUAAAAGUGACACAUGGCCUGUCCUGUUACGCUUUUAUUUUGAUAUAGUUGGUCUGCAAAAUGUUGUCUAUUGUACCUGUCCUCUCUGAAGGUUGCAGGGCUCGUGGCUGCUGCUGCGGUUGUGUCUCGGUCUCCAGCAGUUAACUGUUGUACUGCAACAACACAUCACCCGUACAGCUACCAUCAACUUCAGGUGCUCAUUCUUUUCUUUAUUAUACUGUUCAUUUUAGUUUUCACGUUGUUCUCGUGCACAUGUCCUAGCUGAUAUUACAGAGAGAAAGAGAAAAUCACUUUUCAAAGUCAACUCAUCUCAUUCAGUGAUGGUUGCAUUUUGCUGAAGUCCUGUUACCAGAACUAAAACAAUAUCAGCUUGUUUGUUUGUUUUCCU